GCUUCCAGUGACGUCUAUGGAGAGGCAUUAUGGGACUUGUAGUUUGUUCGUUGCGGCGGCAAGUUCCCUGAAGAUUCCAAGUAGUAUGAAGUGAUUAUCGGAAUGGUGAUUCGUCUCGGAUAUGAAGUGGAGGAGUGCGGAAUAACAUCAUGGCCAAAGAAGAAGAGCAUUGUAAGAUUAAGAUAAAUGAAGAAGAAAAUAUAAAUGAUAAUGACUUUUCUGAUGAGGGGAAAACCGGCCAGAUCAUGUUUCUGGCUUCUUGCUACCUGCUAUUAUAUAUUUGUGGUGGAGCUGUGCAUAUUCACUGUACAGUUAUUAGAGGCAAAGGUGACUUUCCUGGUGAUUUUCCACCUUUUGUUCCUCCUGUGCGUGUGGUGUUAUCUCCGGACUGUUAUGACGCCUCCCGCUGUCCCUCCUGAAAAAUUCCGCCCAUCGGAGUCUGACAAGCAGCUGUACCUGAGUGAUGAGAGGCCACAAGUGCUGCAGGAGAUCCUCAUUCGUACGGCUAAAGACUUGCCUAUUUAUACUAAGGAUCCAAAAGGAGAUGUUCGGUACUGUGCCACAUGCCAAGUGUUAAAGCCAGACAGGUGCCACCAUUGCCCAGUGUGUAACGUCUGUAUACUGAAACUGGAUCAUCACUGCGUAUUUCUUAACAACUGUGUGGGAUUCUCCAACUACAAGUUCUUCCUCCUGUGCCUGACGUAUGCAAUGCUAUUGUGCAUAUUCACUAGUGCAGUGUCGCUUCAUUUCUCCAUACUAUUCUGGACUCAUCAGCUGCCCAACAGCCCAUCCAAAGUCCCCAUCAUUGUGCUGUUCUGCCUGACCACAAUCUUCUCUAUAAUCCUAUUCCUAUUUUCCCUUGGUCAUUUUGAACUGGCUUUAACGAAUGGAACUUCUAGAGAGGAUAAUGAUGAAACAGCUGAGGAGAAUAAUCCCUAUAACUUGGGCUUCAGAAAAAAUUUGAGAGAAGUGUUUGGCAAUGAAAAGAAAUACUGGUUCCUCCCAAUCUUCAGCAGCUUAGGAGAUGGCUUCUCAUUCCCAAUGGGUGAGGCCACAGAAGACAAAGAGAAAAAUGCUGCUAUUGCCAAACCACCAAGUGAGUCCCCUUCCCAGUUUAAACUUUAACCCUAUGGAUUGCCUUCUUUCAACCCCUUAGCUCAUCUGAGAGGCUCAUGGUGCUUGCACUUCAUCCCAAACAAGUUCCAUGUUGGAGAUUGAGACAGAUAUCAAGAUGUGUUAAAGGCCGUAUUUUAAAAGAAGUAAAGUUCAUAUGUUUUAACUCAUGGCUUCACAGCAUCAUAAAUAUGCCACUAUGCAGCAGUUUUUAAAUACCUUUAUAACCCCCCCCCCCCACCUUAGUGGCACAGUAUAAAUAUUUGACUGUUAUAAAAGUUAUUUUAUUGUAUUAUUUUUGUAUUUCAUUCUAUUAAGUUCUA